UAGUCUCACUGUGAUGUGGAAUUUCAAUUAUGACGUCGCAGCAUCCCACCACCAACCUCUUCAUCUAGCCGGUUACUUAGUUACUCGAUAAAGGCGAGAUCUUGAAAGAUUGUGUGGGUUCAUUUCUGAUGACUUUGUAUCAAAUCCAGGUUAUCUGUUUCACGAGGAUGUAUAAUUGCAACAUAUUUGUUCUGGCGUAUGCUAAGUAAAAAGUUAACUGACUGCUGGCUAUAAAAACAGGUAUUUGUCGACACUUGGCUACCUCUUCGGUCACCGGUCUUGAUCAUGCUACAUGACUGCUUGCUUCUUCCAUCCACACCCUGCUAGCAACAUCCAACUUCAUUCCUUUCCCGAGCUUGCUAUAACUUCGGUUUUUCAACUCUCCAACUUCAAAACUUCAAAACUUGAACUGCCGAAGUUUAAUUGAGCGUUCGUUUUUGUCGGCUAUUGGACGAAUCACAAGUCACCCAUUUACAGAUUAUUCAAGAUGAACCAAUAUCAGCUGAUAGUACUAUUCGAAGUGUUGGCUCACGCCUCUAUGCUAAACUAUGCCUCUCCAGUCCAGCUGUGUGGAAGGGAGUUAACGGAGACGCUUAGGUCAAUCUGUGGUGAUAGAGGUUACUAUUCACCUGGACAAAGUUUUUCACGUCGAGCGCCGACACACGACGGCAUUGCGACAAGAUGUUGCCAGUCCCUUUGCGAGUCUUCAAUCCUCGAGACCUACUGCAAUCUACCAGCACCGCCAUCGCAAACACAACCAUCCACAGCAGCCCCAACAACAACAACAAAAAUGGCGCCAUUAACAGAAGACCGACGGACGAAAGAUGUGGUCGUCGACUACUCAGACCAGCUAGCCACCGAAGGCUCCCAAAUGUCGCGUGUGGACGGCGUACUCACGCAUGACACCGUGACGAACAGAAGUAAAACCACGACAGAGUCGAACGAGGGCAGUUAUGACAACGAAGAGGGCGCACCUUAUGAUAAACCAGACGAUAGCAGUCCAUCAGAACGAGGAGAAAGCAUACAGGAUGAAGAUAACGAAGUAAAUAAACCGGAACCAAACAACAUUAGGGACAAUUCAAAAGAGCGAGGUAGAAAUAGGACCCACAAGGGGGUUAGCUCGGAGAGAAGAGCAAAUAACAGCAGGAGGAGGGGUCUAAGCAGUGAAAGGAGAGGAUCAAGCAGCAGUAGAAGGGAAGAGAAGCUUAGAAGGAGACGACAGAGACAUCGGGAAAGGGAGCUGAGAGAACAACGGAAGCAGUCCAACUCCAAGAGGAAGUCGAAGGGAGAUAAGAAAGACCAUUCUGUUGCAGCCACUACUCCACUCGCAGUACAAGAGCGCCCUCUAAAGAAUGGUGGUCGGAACAGCACAUCCGGGGAACAUUCGUCAGUAAACGGCACCGAAACAGACACGGCGGGGGCGGGGUCACCAGAGGUCAAGAAAGAUGAUCUGAUCACCACGAUUACGGCCGUGCUCAGUGAUAUGAUAGGCUUCCAACCAGACAAUGGUAAUCGCUGAUCACCCCAUCAACGAGUCGAGAACUAGACGACUUUAACCCAAUGAUUUAAAGUUCAGUUUGUUAGUAUUAACUUUCACUGCUCAUCACUGAUCGAUUUCAAACUGACUUUUAUAAAAACUGGGAGCUUGGAUUUGGAAAGCAACGGAAAUAUUUAUUGAUAUUUAUUAUCCCAGACCCCUUGGACUAUGGAUAGGUAAAGACAAUGAGAGAUAGAGAGAGGGGAAGGUGUAAUUAGACAUGAUGAGAAAGCUAUAUAGCGAUGUGACGAUUUGUGUCUACUUUGCACUCGGGAGUUGAGUUUUGUCGGACGAGGAGGGCGGUAUGCUUAACUGUGAACCAAAUGUACAAUUUACGAAAUAAUUUAAAUGGUUGUUAACUCUUAGGGCGGAUGAAGCGCUCUUUCAUUGAUCAGAUGGAAGUUCUCUUCAUUUUAUACACUUUAGAAGGAAAUUUUCUUCCCAAGAUCAAAAGGACGUGUUCUUCCCACGAUCAUGCUCAUAGCGUCCAAAAAACUUACAGAUACGAAAUAGCGCUCUUCCUACAAGGAAUUGCUCACAGUAAAGUUUAUAAGGGCACCCAGUCUGAAAAACCUUUUUUUCCACAGGCAGCUGACGAAGCCCGUAUUUUACUUCGAGAGUCCAAUUUCAUAAAGCUGUUAAGCAGUAAAUUAGUGGGGUACCCAUGCAGUCGCAUGCAGCAAUGGUAUAUGUAUGGUAUUCUGGCUGGUAAGCUUGUUUUCCAAAGCAAGAUUAUGUUUUCUUUGCAUUUUUUUCUGCUUACAGGCUUUAUGAAGGGCCUAGGUUGAAGUGGUUUUGCGAUUAGGUCAACAGUUCUUUCUUGAAUGGAAACAAGAACGGGCUUUCUUCCUGUACUGCUAAUAAGAUAUUAUCCUUUCCAGGACAGGUGGAAAAUAAUAACAAAUUGCACACAAUAUUAUUAUGAUGAUGAUCAAGUGACCUUACUAGUUAUUGAGUUAGGAGAGAUUACAGUUUUGAUUUGCUCACUAAAAGGGAAACAGACGUCCAUAAACUAUUGGGAAGUAUAGAGUGUGCUUAUACCUUCAUCAGCCAGACGAAGAAUACUAUAGCGCAAAGAUUAUUAUUCAAACGGAUGACGUGUUUAUUUAUAUAUUUUUUAUUUUUCUAAUAAAACCUUUUUGAAGUUAAUAAUAUUGUCCUAUAGUUCCCUGAUUGGCCACCACAGUGACCUUCCUGCGUAUGUUACGUAAAUAUUUUCUAACGAUAACUAGAAGUCAUUAAAGCAGGUUUAUGGUACAGGUAUAUACGAAACCUACAGUUUAAUAAUGACAGAUAGGCAUGGCAUUAUUAUUGAGAGAGAACAUGACAACUGCCCAACUUACGGGCACUCAGUGCACUUCUGUCGUAUUUAUGCUAAAUUAUUUAUUUAUGCUAAAGGAUAUUUAAAACAGGGUACAUUGCUCAAUAUAAUUCAAAAGUUAAUUGGAUUAAAUUCAGUGUUCACUAUUGAAUUUAGUUAAUUUGAAUUAACAGUGACAAAAGCUGUCAAUGCAUACUUUCUUUAGGUAUUUUUAACAGCUUUUGGGAAAUGACUAUCUUGAAAAUGAUCUUGAUGCUUUAAUAAUAAGUAAUUAUCCAAAAUAGAAUUUGCGUUUUAGGACUUGAUAGAGGAUUAAUUAUACAUUAUUGUCCAAAGGAAACUUGAACAAGAUAUUUUGACUGAGAUUUUCUACAAUUCGAUCUCUAUUUCGCUGUGUUGUUAUUCAUGAUAACUGUGAACUGCCAUUCUCUAUGAUGGGAAAUGCAAAAUAAAAUGAGGUGAUAAAACACAAAUCAAA